AUGUUUCUUCCCGAGGACCUUCUAUACAAAUCGGGCCAGCUCGCUCGCGUCUGGCUUGCUGCCAAUCAACAUAAGAAGCUUACCAAAGCCCAAGUUCUUCAAGACAAGAUCGAUGAGGACAUCGAAGUCAUCAUCCGGCCAGAGGGGGCCGCCGGCGGUCCUCUCGCCCUGCGUUUGAAUGGACAAUUACUUCUUGGUGUCGUGCGCAUCUACCACAGGAAAGCGCACUACCUGCACGACGACUGCAAUGACGCGUUGUGGAAGAUCAAGAUGGCUUUCCGUCCUGGAAACAUCGAUCUGCCCACCCAGACUCACGUCGCAAACCCGACAAGUCUGACUUUACCAGACAUGAUCACUGAUCUCGACUUGUUGGCACCAAUGCCCGAUCCCGAACUGUUCCUGUCGCAAAGCUUAGGUGCUAACCUUGACCUUGGAAACACAACCGUUCCAGAUUGGGAUAACAGCCAGUUCCUUUCUGGCAGCAUUGAGCAACCGCGUAUGGAGCUUAUGGAGCUAGAAGAUGAUGACCUCAACUUAGACCUUGGUGAGGAUCUUGAGCCAACCGCGGGAUUUGACGAUGGCACCAGCAUCGAGCGUGGCCGUGAUGCACCUCUAGAGCGACGCAUGUCAGUGGAAUAUGGUACAGAAAUUGACAAGGACCUCAUCGAGGAAGAUCUUAACUUGGAUCUCGGCGACGAUCUAACGGAAAUGCCACCUGCGCCAGAUUUCAAUCUCGGUGAUGACAUGGAUGUCACAAUGGGAGAGAUGCCGGAUAUGGAAAUCACAGUUGACCCUUCGGUUGCUGGUGAUGGUCCUGCCAAUCUGGCUCGUGAGGAAUCUCCUUUGAGCGAGCUUGGCGAGGAGGAAGCUACACGACUCGCACAGGAGGUGGCUGACGAAAGCACCACUAAUUUCGCACCCGAACAGGAAGAGGAAGAGGAGGAGUCAGUCCAUCAAGCGCGAGCGAAGCGGAGGAGGGUUAUCGGACAAGACGCUGAGACUAUGCUUUCCACCGCCACCCUCAGAGACCAACAGCAAAACCGAGACAGGAUCCUCAAGGCCCCCUCCUUCCUACCGCGCGACCCGCUCCUGAUGGCGCUGAUUAACAUGCAACGAUCUGGUGGGUUUGUUUCCAACAUAUUCGGAGACGGUCGCAGUCAAGGCUGGGCGCCAGAGCUGCGGGGCAUCCUCUCAUUAGAAGUCGUCUCACGUCCCAGUCAGAAGCGAAAGCGCGAUAGUGGCGUUGCGGAUCUAGGUACUGAGGACGAAGAGGCCGCUGCCGCUGCAGAGAAUACCCCACAGCUAGAGUUCGAGCACGACGACCCAACACUGGGUGACAUGGGAGGAAUCGGUGGUGAUAACACAUCUCUUGGAGGCUUGGACGACAUCGUACAGCUCCCCGAUGAUCCGAUCCAACAAGCGCAAGAUGAGGAAUUUGCCGAUUCACCCAUUGCGGAUAAUUUCGAUGACACUACCGUGCCACUAGUCUACCCUGCUGAGAGUGGACCUGUGUCGUUGGAGACAAAGCACGCUGUUCAUUUACUGCGAGAUCGGUUUGGAGCUGAAGCUGAGCACAGCGAGACACAGCGUCAACAGAGCAGCAUCGUUUUCCAAGAAAUGCUUCCGGAGGCACGAACAUCACGCAAGGACGCCACCAAGAUGUUUUUCGAGGUCCUCGUCCUUGCGACGAAGGAUGCUAUCAAGGUUGAGCAACCCACAAAUGACCUCGGUGGUCCUAUCCGCAUUCGCGCUAAGCGAGGUCUCUGGGGUGAAUGGGCAGAGACAGGUGCCAGUGGAGAAUUGGCUUCUCAAAAUCAGACAGCUGCGCAGGCAGAAGCUGAUGCGCCGGUUGGACCCGCCCUGGAAAGCUCACGACAGGUUUCUGUGUCGGCCUAAAGGUUCUUCGAAAAUUUCAGUUCAGGCGUGGAUUCGGUGGCAUGGCUUUGGGAUAGCCCCAUCUGGCGGCGUUGGCUGGAUACCCUUUCUUCAGAUGCUUCAUGACCUACAUUUUGGAUGUUGGGGAGGCGUAUCGAGGCGUUUUCAGCUGGUUGUAUUAUUGUUCACACGGUAGCUGCAUUGAUUCAAUCUAUAUUCAUACUUUCAAGUUUAUCGAAACUCAAA